AUGGGUUUGAAGAAACGCACGAAAGCCGAUGUGUCCACCCCGGACAAAGAUUUGCCACUAAACAAUAUAAGUCUCUACGAACAAAAUAAUCAUCAACUUUACAAGACUCUGGAACAAUAUCGCAAAGAGAACGAGUCACUAAAUCGCAACAACGCACUCCUCUCAAGGAAAAAUGACCUUCUGGAAUGUUUGGUGUCAUCAGUGUCCUCACUGUGGGAUUGCUUGAACUCAGAUGUCGAUGUGCUCAUAUCCCAACAAGUACCGGAAAAUAAAUUUUUGGAGCCGGAAGAAAAGGAGAAGAAAGUGGAUUCAAAUGGUAGAACUCCAAGCGAAUUCUGGGAAAAAAUGAUCAACACGAAGUUCCCAUUCAUAUCACCGAGCGAUUCUGACGGAGAUGUCGAUUUGAAUGAAUUAAAGUGUAUUUUUGAGAGUGAAGAAUUUUUAAUUUUGCCUGAACACCAUGAUGAAUCAGAGUGGAAUGAAGCUAAAGAAUCCUUUUUGGAUUCGAAAAUACACCUUUUUGAAUCCAAGAAGAACGCUCUUCUUAGAUCCCUGAAAAACAAUAGUAAUAAAUUUAGAACAGCAGAUUUAGGUUCCUUAAACAUUUUAAAGUACAAUUGUCUUAAUUACUGUAAGUUAUUUUUCAUAAUGUAUAAUCGAAUCGAGAUCUCAAGACUUAAUAAGCAAAACGCCUUUUUAAAAUUUGAGUUGAGGACUUUCGCAGGACAUGAUGGCAAGAAGGAGCCUGAGCUUCCAUCUUCCAGUGAUUCUGAUGCAGAGACUGUUAAGAUGGUUGAGAAUGUAGAGGAGGUUACCGAGGAGAUGGUUCUCGGUUCUUCUCUCUACUCUAGAUUAUUCAAUUAUGCAAAGAACAUGGAUAAAGAAAUUUGUAGACUGGAGUCAGAUAAUUCUGAACUAAGGAAUAAGAUUUCUAGCCUCACUGAGGGUCCUUCGAAUCAGAUGAUGAAGCUGAAGGCUGAUUUUGAUACUUUCAUUGGUGACAUGAGUGAGAAGGUUUCUUCAUUUGAGUCUGAGUAUUCAAAGGAUUCUAGGGAGCUUGCGGCUCUAAAGGAGAGUUUUAACUUUGUUUCUGAGGAGCUUGAGCAGUACAAGAAUGAGCGUGAGAAGAUGGUUGUGGAGUUGAAGAGCCUUGAAAGCAAGAUGACUAAACUUCUACGUCAAAACGCCUCAAUUUGCAAAUCUAUGUGUUCUCCAUCUGACAGUUUUUGUAAUACUGAGGCUGGCACUGAAAAUGCUACCGAGGUUGGUACUGAGAAUACUACUGAGAGUGCCACUAACACUGCUACUGAGAAAGCAACUCACAACUCAACAUCGUCCGAUAAGAUUCCCGAACCCAAUCCGUCCUCUUCUUACGGAAGUGAGCUUGAUUUUUACAAGGAGCACCUUCUCAACAUCAGUGAGGAGCUGGAAGAUGUGAGCUGCGCCUUCGAGAAGAAGCAGCGGAUGUGCGACGACUUGAUGCGCCAAGUAAACGAGUCUUCCGAGACUCGGAAGAACUUGGAAAGACUUCAGGACUCACAUAACAGCUUGGUUGACCGCUUCAACCGACUUGUUGACGUGACCAACAGCAAGGUUUCUGUAAACUCUAAAAAUUCUGAGAUUCUCGAAUCCAUGGUUCAGGACUACAAGCGCAGUUGGACCUGUGCUUUCAAUCGCGGCGUUUAUUUACAGCACCAGCGUGACGUCGCUGUUUCUGCCGUUUGUGAGCUUCAGUCUCAGUACCGUAAGAGUUGUCGUUCUCAGAAGGCUCUUCAGGACUACUUGGCUUCUGUCCGCACUGGCUUCACUCGUUCUUCAAGUCUUGAAUCCACUUUGGGUGAGGUUGAGAACGUCAUUGAGCAGGAGAAUGCCAUUCUUCGUCGCAGGAUGACUUGCACUGUUUGUUCUGAGAAUUUCAGGGACCACGUCAUCACCAAGUGCGGCCAUGUUUUCUGUCACCACUGUCUUUCCAACAACAUAAAGUCUCGCAAUCGCAAGUGUCCUCAGUGCAAGAUAACUUUCGACAAGAACGACACUCAGCGGAUUUUCCUAGAUUAA